AUGAACACAUUAUAUUGCGGAUUAAUUCUCCUAUGUUUCUAUAUAAAUCAUAGUGUCGCUUACUUCAUCACAGUAGAUGCACAUGCCGAAGAAUGUUUCUUUGAUAAAGUGGAAGCUGGCACCAAAAUGGGUUUGACAUUUGAAAUUGCUGAAGGUGGUUUUUUGGACAUAGACGUACGUAUCGUUGGCCCAGACAGUAAGAAUAUUUAUCAAGGGGAAAGAGAAACAUCUGGGAAAUACACCUUUGCUGCACACACUCAGGGUGUAUACACAUACUGUUUCUCCAACAAAAUGUCAACUAUGACUCCCAAGGUGGUGAUGUUCAAUAUGGCUAUUGGAGAAUCACCUAAAUCUGAGGCACAGGAAGGAGAAAAUCCUAAUAAAAUGGAAGAUAUGAUAAAAGAACUCAGUGGUUCUCUUUCUGGUGUUAAACAAGAACAAGAGUAUAUGCAGCUCAGAGACAGGAUUCAUAGGUCUAUCAAUGAAAGCACCAAUUCAAGAGUAGUCAUGUGGUCAUUCUUUGAGGCCCUUAUUUUGGUGGCAAUGACAAUUGGACAGGUUUACUACCUUAAAAGGUUUUUUGAAGUCAGAAGAAGUGGUUUGAUUCUUAAAUCUAUUUAUUUUUUGUUAACUUUGUAA